AUGGGGGAUGACUUGUCCAGUGAUCCGAUUGUCAAAGCGCUGCAAAGGAGCACAAUUGCUCAGACAUUGAAGGCGGCCCGAGCCUCGCUCGCCGAGCCUUCUCGUCCAUUCACUCCUUUGGACCGGUCACUUUUCCAGCGCCCCAACGAGGGAAGCGACCCCAGGCCAACGUCCAGCUACGGAGUCGAUCAGCUGGCCUUUGUCCGUGAUACUUUUGGCGGCACAGGCGGACGGCCUGAGUCGGCUCGAUCGAGCAGAUCCUCACGUACAAGACCAGACACUAUUGCAGAGGAAGAGGAUGGCGGACGUGGACCAGACAUUUUGCGCCUAGAUGAUGAGGAGGCAGCAGACAGCAGCGGCAGUGAAGAACUGACUCCUGUUGUAGCUGUGCCGUCACCACCGACAUCGCGCGCUUCCAAGCCUCCACGGCCUCCAGGUAGCUCGGGCUACCCCAGCAUGACGUCUGUAAGGUCUGGUGGAUAUCCUGACCCUGGGGUGGCUGAGCGAUCUCCAAAACGGGGAUCCGCUACUUCGGCAUCUCCUCGGCAACAGUUGGCAGAUGGAUCUCCGAGGCGAAAGGCUUCUCAGUCACCAUCGCCAGGGUCCAGACCUUCAUCUCGUGACAAGUUUCCUCUAGACAUACCUUUGGCUCAUGCUCCUUGUGAGGUGGUGCUUUCCAAGCUGCAGUCACUAUCUGCCUCCAAAGACAAGAGGCCGCAAGCUGAGUUUGGAGAGCUGUGUGAGCGCGUUUCGACGCUCGCCACAGAGAUGAAGGCAGGCAAGAGCCUAGACCUGGCCUUUGCUCCGCAAAUGCUGCGGGAGGUGAUGGGCCUCAUGGAUGCGAAAGACUUGAAGGAUUCAAAGUACGUCUUCAAGUUGGCCAGAUGUGCACUGUCCUUGCUUUCACUAGAGGCUGCGACCAAAGGAGUCCCAAUCUCCGGCGUGCAAGCUGCAUAUCAGAACAUAGCACAGGUCUUGUUCAAGUUCUCGCAGAAGGAAGGCAACGAUGCGCACUUCUUGUCAGAGAAACUGAUAGAGCCGCUCAUUGAGGUGCUCGAGUCAAAUCCUGACCCUUGUGCCUCAACAGAUCUCAAAGUCUACAUUGUGGGCAUUUUGAAGAAUGUGUCCAAUGAUACAGCAAACCAGAAGCACCAGUCGCAUGUUUAUAUGCCCAAUUAUAUGCUUUUGUGUGGUUUUCGAGCCAGGUUCCUGGCCCAACGUGGAGCUGUAACAUCGCUUUUUAAGCUCAUGGAUCCCAAAGUGUUGACCGCCGGAACCUCAACCCGGGUCCAGUCGCUGCGAAGCAAUGCUUGGCAGCAUUGUUGGCAGUACAGCUCCAUUGUUCUACUCACCACUUCCAGUUGCCAGAUUGUGCUGAGGGGCAGCGCGUUCUCGUGUAAGACACAGCGUUGA